CCUCGGCCCCUUUUGUUCUUGGACCUUUGCUCCUCUCCUCUCUCCCUCCCACCUCCUGCUAGAAAAAAGUUUUCUUUCCCCAAAGUCCGGCCAGCCAGGAUGCCGGGCGCCGCCGUCGACGGGAGGAGCAGGGCUUCGCCGGACAAGGCCGACGAGGAGAGCGCCAAGAAGCCGCGGCUGGACCUGCCCGACGCCCACUCCGUGAAGCAAGAGCUCGUCGCUCCAGAUGCGGCCGGAGGAGGAGACCCAGGGGGCAUCGUCGCGGCGGCGGCGCCGUACAUCCCGAGAGAGGAGCUCGCCGUGAGGAUCGACAAGCGCCUGCUCCACUGCCCCCUCUGCACCCUCCCCUUCAAGCCCCCCGUCUUUCAGUGCAAGGCGGGGCACUUGGCCUGCGGCGGCUGCGUCGCCGAGCUGCCCUGCGGCCAGUGCAAGGCGUGCGUGGACGGCGGCGGCUUCUUCGACCCCUGCCCGGCGCUGGACGCCGUCGUGUCCUCCAUCAGGACCGAGUGCCCCAACGCCGGCUGCAAGCGGUACGUCACCUACCACGAGGUCCCCGAGCACCAGACCGCGUGCCCGCACGCGCCGUGCCGCUGCACGGAGCCCGGCUGCGGCUACGUCGGCGCGCCGCAGGCGCUCGCCGGCCACCUCCACACCGUCCACUCGGUGCCGGUGCGCGCCGUGGAGUACGGCAAGGCCAGCCAGCUCCGCGUGCCGGUGUCGGCGCCGCGGCUCGUGCUCCUCGGCGACGACGACAACCGCGUGUUACUCCUCACCGUGGGCGCGCUCGGCGCCGGCGUGACCGCCGUGUCUGUGGUGUGCGCCAGGGCGAGCGCGGCGACGCGGCCCCGGUUCGCCUGCAAGAUGUGGGUCAACCUGGAGCCAGCAAACUGCGGCAAGGAGGACAUGGUGCUGGUGGACAUGCACAUGAGGAGCAGCUCGUCGCCCGGCGCGGUGGUCGCCGCGGGCGAGCCCACGUUCCUGCCGGUGCCGCGGAUGUACCUGGUGCCAGCAGCAGCAGGGGACGGGGCUGCGUCCAUGGAAGUUCCUCUGCACAUCCGCAUCGACAAGCUCUCCCCUUGGUCCGACGCAUUGGUGUGAUUAGCUCCAGCACUCAAGGCAGUUCGUGGUUGCUUAUUUUGGAGUUCCAGCUUAAACUAAGUACUUGUUUGGGUGAUGUUUAUUAGCAGAUGCAGUUCAUCUUUGAUGGUAGUCCUAUCCCACCUAGUAGUCAACUUUAAUGUCGUUGUAGUUGUAGGCUAUUUAAAUCCGAGGAUAUUAAGCUUGGUGCUAAUCCUGUGGUGAAAUGCAUCUUCUUCCGGUGUUAUGUCAUUUCAAUUUGCAAGCAUUUCAUUUGCAUCUGUUGCAAUUUACUCCCUAUCUCAAAGUCAAGAGUAGAGCUCCCUUGUGUCAAAAAGAUCUCCCAAGUCUUCUCUAUGUAUGAAUUUGAAUAUUCAACAUGCAGGAUACCUAGCCUAUGUUGAUGCAGCAUAUAACCCUGCAGUAAUUCUUGA